AUGAAGGAGGAUGAUUCACCGCGGCCUCCUCACCAGGCUGUGUGUACGUACCACCUGGUGCAGGACCUGGGCCUGGAUCAGCAGGCUUCUUUCCAGGGUCUGGAGGGGUCCAGGCGGGCUAUAAACCGGCCAAACCUGCUGUUCCAGGUUAUGGAGGACAAGGCUCGGUGCCUGGAGCGGGUGGACGUGGUGGACAAGGAUAUGGAGGACUUGGGCAUCCUGCUUGGGUGGGUUCCUCUGAUUCCACUGCUGGACGAAGCUCUGGUGAUUGGCACAGUCCACAUCCCCAUCAUCACCUGGCAAACAAUGGUGCCAAAACGCUGA